AUCAGAAGAUAGAUAUUUAUCUAUUGAGUCAGAGAGCCCAGACUCAUUCACUCGGUUCUUAAGAAGGCAUGAAAACAAGUCAGAUAGUUUGAAUUUAUUGGCUUCUUUAUUUCUUCUCUCUGAAGGGAUAAAUAUUCCUAUUAGAAUAGUGGAGAGUAAAGUGAAUAAAAAUAAAAUACUUAUUCUAAAGAAGAAAAAAGUAGAGGGACCAGAAGAAGAAGAGGAUAGGAAUAGUAGUUCUGAAUAUGAUGAGUUAGAGAAGAGAAAACCGAGCAGAAGAGAAGGAUUUCACAUCAACUUGCAUAUGAAUAUAACCCGAAAAAAAACAAAGAAGGGAAGACUGUAG